AGUUCUAGUAUUACUGUUCCUUGACUUGCAUUCAAGUUGAUCGAAGAGUUGGUGAUUUUAGCGGGCGCCCAGCAGCACGUUCUGCACCCUUUGUUGUGCAGGAUAAUCAUGGGCGUGAGCUUUACAGACAUGAUGACCGUGAUCACGAGAGGGGCUACCGUCCCAGAGAUCCACGAGUGGUUAUGAUAGAUCCCAAUCAACAUAGUUCAAAACGCCCAAGUAGUAGCAGGAGUUACUCGUCCCAGAACUAUCACCCCGAUCCCUCUUAUAGGUACCACAAUGACUACUCGUCCCACAAAUACCCCUCCGAUCCCUCGCACAGGCACCACGAUGACUACUCGUCUCAUAGAUAUCACUCCAGUCCAUCGUACCGGCACUACGAUGACUACUAUCAUGAGAACAGGGGUAGGGGCUACAGGGAUAGAGAAUACCACAGAGACCCCUACCGGGAUAGGGAAUACAGAGACCCCUACCGGGACAGGGAAUACAGAGACAAGGAAUACAAAACACGUGAUCGCCGAGACAGACAGCCGCGAGAUAGAGGUUACCAUGGAAGGGAUGAUUGGCAGCCCGAGGACCAGCCACGAGGAUCGCACCCAUUGAUGCAUAGAGAAAACAGUCACCACAGCCAUACUUCCUCGAACAGGUCCGAGAGGCAAUUUUCACAGACUCUUCCGGAUGACCGACAAUCUAAUUCCAGCCGACUGCAUGACAGGUCUCAUCCCUCAGAUAUGCACCCCAUCGAGGAGAUCGCUGAUGGGAUUCAAUCUCUCGAAAUUUGAUAUUUCCAUGGGAGAACACGCCUACUAUGCAUGAUGGAUAAUUAUCGUAAUCCUAUCACUGACAUCAUCUCCGACCACGACUUGUAUUGUGCCCAUGCCUGGCUGCGCCAUGUACCCCACGACCGGUCACCGAAUUUAUUUCCUGUUUACUAAGC